AGAAAAAAAGUCUGUGAGCUCGACGGAAUCAUUUCAUGAAAAUAUUAGGUUGAAAUGGAUAGAAAAAGGUCUAUAUUCUUCUCUUUGAAUGACCGGGCGUAUGGUUAUAGGCGACACACUAACUUACAGAGAAAUGUUUUAGGAAGUGAGUAUAUAAUCAAAAGAUUGAAAUGCGAGCAUUCGUUUAUCGGUCAUGAGGGAUGUGUCAACACUGUCGUAUGGAAUGAUUGUGGAGAUACCUUGCUGUCUGGUUCAGAUGAUUGUAAAUUGAAUAUCUACCAUCUCUCGUCUUCUAAGCCAGAGCUCACAAUUCAAAGUGGUCAUAACGCAAACAUCUUCAGUGCAAAAUUUAUCCCCUGUACUGGUGGUACGAAGAUUGCAUCAUGUUCUGGGGAUGGUAUUAUUCAAUACAACGAAAUAAAUACUAAUUCAUCUCAUGGAAUGAACCCAUUUCAUUGUCAUCGCUCAACAACAUAUGAGGUGAACACCACACCAGGAGAUCCAUCCACUUUUAUGUCAUGUGGUUCUGACGGCACAGUCCGUUUAUUUGAUCUUCGAAUUAAAACGAAGUGCCUGUGCAAUGGUUGCAAGGAGGAUGUGCUGAUAGAUUGUGGGAAACCAGUGACAUCAUUUUGCGUGAAUCCUGUUCAGCCAAACCAUGUUGCUAUUGGUUGUGAAAAGAGUUUGCUAAGAGUUUAUGAUCGAAGAUCACUGAGCACUGGUGAGGAAAACAACGAACAGGACAAACAGCGUGGUCUUCUGUAUCAGUUCAGACCAAGUGUUUUAAACAAAGAAGUGUGCAAAGUAACGUCAUUGAAAUAUAGUUCAGAUGGUCAAAAUCUACUCGCCAGUUAUUGCACAGACCAUGUCUAUCUCUUUGAUUCAAAUCCUAAAUCAAAAGAAUUUCAGUCCGAAAGUGAGGAUGAUCAGGAAGGAUCCUGCGCUGACACAGCCAAUGAAACAUCGUUGUCGCGGUUACGUCUGCGACUGCGCGGUGAUUUCUCCGACACUGGGCCGAACUCCCGACCGGAGGGCGAAGGCUCCGGCCUUACUCAGCCUAUUCGCGGGUACCUAUCAAGAUGGAUCCAGGAAUCUAGACGGAGAAGAUCUCCGCUGGAACAACAAAACGAGCCUUCAGCUGUGCCUGAAAAUAUCGAUGACAUCAUUGAGGAUGUGAAUGACGUCAGCGAAAAUGUCGAUGACGUCAGCGAAGAAAUAAAUGAUGUCACUGAUAAUGUUGAUGAUGUCAGUGGAAGUAUGAAUGACGUAAUAGAAAAUACAGAUGUUACGGAAAAUAUGAAUAAUAAUAUGGACACAAGUGAAACAUGCGUCGAACACGUGCGAGACCAGCAGGAAUCACGUGAUUUUAGUUGCGGCACAAGUACUCGUGGUGAAGACAAUCCUAAUAAUAGUGUUUCUGGAUCGCAAUUUGGUGAUCCAAGAGAAAUAACGACAAAAACUAGUAAAAUUGAAUCAAAUGUUGAUGAGAUAAAUAGGAGAACUAUAUCCUCGGAGAAUGAACCCUUGUUGGUCACGAAUCCCGGGGGAUCUCUGCCUGAUCAGACGAUGGACAAUGAGGUACAACGUUUGGAAAGAGACACUGAACGCUGUGACAGUUUGGGAUCGCAAUUGCCAGAGAUGGAUUGUGAGGGACAGAACCCAGGUGUCUCCAGAAAUACCUCAAGUAUUGAAAAAAUGGAUGAUGGUAUUCUUGAUACCUCGGCGAUUGUAUCCUCUGUAAAUGUUUCACCUUCAAUAGAUACUAGGGUAACUGCAACCUCGGAUACAGAUACCCGGGGAUCUGAGUCACCCACACUGAACUCUAAGUCUCCGGUUGCGGCAGUCGAGACAGAUCGUGAAGACACGGAGAACCACGGCGAACCUUCGAGUUCCAUCGACGAAAACUCGAGACGAGACGAAGCCGCUUCGACGAUUCAAAAUUUCUUUCGUUUUCGAGUCAAAAAAGACUUUAAAGAAAUUCCUUGCAAGGUUCCUCUUUAUUCUGAUGUGAAACAAGUUUUUAAAGGACACCGAAAUGUUCGCACAAUUAUCAAAGAAGCAAAUUUUUGGGGAGAUGAUUACAUAUUGAGUGGCAGUGAUUGUGGUCGAAUAUUCAUCUGGUCAAAAAAGACUUCUGAAGUGGUUAUGUUGUUGGAGGGUGAUCGUCGCAUUGUUAAUUGUGUCCAACCACAUCCUUUUCUACCCAUGUUAGCUACCAGUGGCAUUGACUAUGAUAUUAAACUCUGGACACCAACAGCUUUGAAUGUUUGUGAACUUGAAAAUACUGACGAGGUAAUCGCUCGCAAUGAGAGAAUGUUAAGUGAAGGUCGACACACGCUUAUUGUCCCAGCAGCGUUCAUGAUAAGAAUUCUGUCUUCUCUACGUCGAGUUCGGUCCCAAGCUGGGAACGAUGCGUCUUCGGAGUAAAAAACAGACGGGAUUAUUGAGGCGUAUGUAUCAAGUGUGUGUUGUGAAAUGUAUGCGAU